AUGGCGACUCAUCUCCAACACUUGGCCUUGAAUGUCACAUUCAAGGGCAUCCAGCGUGAUGAUCAAAAUGUGCCCGUUCAUCAAUUUCUGGGUAUAAAAUAUGCUAGUAUCCCGGCACGAUUCGAGAAGGCCGAGCCUGUGCACAGUUUCAACGGGGCAGUUGUUGAUUCCUCAAAAUAUGGUCCGAUAUGCCCUCAACCAGAUGUGGAUGUCCGACAUCUCCUCCGCAUUCCAGAAGACUUCCCUAUUGCCCCGGAAGGAGAGGAUGAAUUUGAAUGCCUGAAUUUAGAGAUUACAUGUCCUCCCAACUCUUCCAUGACAAGCCCUCUUCCUGUUCUUGUCUGGAUACAUGGCGGCUCUCAGAUCGUCACAUUCUGCUCUGCUGCCUCCAAGAUUUGUGACCCGAUCCAGAUUGUCGCAGAUUCUAUCAAGGCAGGAACACCUAUCAUCUUUGUCUCGAUCAAUUACCGCCUAAAUAUAUUCAGCUUUGGAGAUGGCAAAGAAAAGAAUCUGGCUCUAAAAGAUCAGCGUCUGGGUAUUGAGUGGGUGCGACAGAACAUUGCGGGUUUCGGGGGUGACCCUGCAAAUAUCACCUUGUCGGGCGAAAGCGCAGGUGCUAUCUAUGUCCAUGCACAUCUCAUCACCGGCCCUCCUGUGAAGAGGGCUGUCAUGGCAUCUGGAAGUCUUUAUCUGUCCUCGCCGCUUCCGGUCGAAAGGGGAGAUGGUCUUAUUCGAGGACUGGAAGCAAAGGUCCGGGAGCUUGGUCAAACCUCACUGCGUGAAUCCUCCGGUAUCGCACUGAUUCAAGCACUGAGAGAGUGCAAUGUGAAUACCAUGUGGAUCCAAGAGGAGCCUGAACUGAUAGGUUGGGAAACCAGACCUGAGCAGGCUGAGGAAGUAAUGAUUGGGGAUGUUGAGUACGAGUCCAUAAUUUGGCGAAAUGGCAUCGAGCUCCUUGACGGAAAGACAAUCGCAGCUGCGUUCGAGACCGACAACCAAUGGGGCACCCAGCUUCGAAAACUGUACCAAAUUGUCAGUGAUCGCCCAACUGCUGCAAAGCUGGGAGCUCUGGAUCUCGUCAAUGAUGUUCGGUAUACACUUCCAGUGGAGGUCAUUACGGACAAGUUACGCGCAGCCAACAAGCGUGUCUUCCGAUAUGUGUUCGACCAAUCUAAUCCUUGGCAAGCUUCCAGCCGUGCACAUCAUGCCGUUGACUUGCUGUUUCUCUUUGACGGCGUCGAUCUAUCGUUUAAUGCUGCGGCAAGAGCUGUUGGAAAGGAGAUGCGACAGCGUUGGAUUCGGUUCGUCCAUGGUGUUGGACCUUGGUCUACCGAUCUGAGAUUUGCUUUUGGACCUCUAGGGGAGUGUACGGAGAUUGAUGAGUCACAGUUCGCUGCUCGUCGGAGGGUUGAGCAUUGCAAGGUACUUAAGGAAGCGGGAAGUGUCGCGUAUAUGCCCAUUGUGUUUGCUUUGACGGCAGGGAGAAUUAGUCUGUUGAAUUAA